CUACCGUUCAUCCUCGUCAUGAAUCUUCAGAUUCCAGCAAAGCCCAACUAUUGUUUGGUCCUCUAUUAUGCUGCUGAUAGGCCUGUGAAUAAGUCUUCAUCGUUGGGAAAAUUUGUUGAUGGGAGUGACAUGUACCGGGAUUCGAGAUUUAAGUUGAUUCCAAGCAUUGUUCAGGGAUACUGGAUGGUCAAGCGGGCUGUCGGAACAAAAGCCUGCUUGCUCGGUAAAGCUGUGACCUGCAAGUACCUGAGGCAGGAUAAUUUCUUGGAGGUUCGCCUCUUCUUCUCUUCUCGUGCCAUUCGAUCAAGACGAACUAAGAUUUCCAUGAUGCAGAUUGGAUUUGUUCACGGAUACCCAAGCGCUC